GCGAUGUUCCUGGUGAAGAAGUGAAGGUGUUGGCUGGAAACUGGAAAGUUUGGUUGCAUCCCCAUCUUUACCUUAUUCUAUUGAAAACUGCACAUCGAUCGCAGCCUGCUUCUUGCCGUCCUACCGUCCUCCUGUUACUAGCCAGCCAACACUAGUGUAGGAGCAGGCCAUUUUAGUUGCUUUCUUGGUUUCUAGCUUUCAGGUUCCUUGAAUCGGGAAACGUUGAACCUUCCACUCCAGUUCCACAACCUGCAUCAAGACGCAUGCCACUGACGCGCACCACGCGCCGCUGUACCGACACACCAUCUCUAAUCUAGCGAAGAAGUCAUCCCCUACGCCCACGUUCCCCUCGAACAAUCCGUGCCGCGCGAAUCCGAGACGUUGCGAACAACCCACCAACCCAUGCUUCGCUAUUGAGGCCCCCAUCAUCUUCACGAACCGCCGGCUUGUCUUCUUGCCACAGAAAAGACUACAACUUGAAAAAGAAGCAUGACGGAUACCCCCCGGCUUGAGCCUUCGGGCACGCCUCGAAAGGAAGCAAAGACGACCCUCUCCUCCGGCACGCUCGACGAAUUGCCCACCAUCCCCCAAGCCAAACUCCUCCACACUCACUCAUCACCAUUGCUGUCCGACCAUGUCGAUUUUGCUACCCGCCCGGCGACGAGACCGAAUUCCCUACGUGGGCAGAGCAUUGCCGAGAACGAGCCUACAGAUUACUUGAAUGGGGGGGUUGCCCAUGACCGACAAUCUCCCCCUGCGGCUGGCUAUGGCAAUGGGCCCAUACCGUCCGCUCUCAAUAUUGAGAACCCCCCCAAAUCCGCUGCCUCAGGCCCAUCCGACCUACUGGACACAUCCGAGUUCACUUUGUCGAAUUCAAACCGAAGAAGCGUACAAUUCACCCAGGAUGACUUCGCGCCAGACCAAAUAACAGCACACUCGAGGCAGGGUUCUUGGGACACCCGCGAAGCCUUUGGAAAGCUCCGUGGCUCGGGUUUCAUUGCCAUACUCAAGGACUUGAAAGGCACUGGCGGAUCGCAUACCCCGAGGACACCUGGUGCCGGUCCUUCGGAACUCCCAUCCACCGCAAGUUCGCCAACAGCACUCCGUAAUCCACCAAGAAUACCUCGCGCGGCAGAUGAAGGUAGUGAUGUUGAUGCAGAUGCCGAGGAAACUGCCGAUGAGACGGUUGGCGGAGCUGCGAAGGGUAAACAACGAAAGAAGAGACGGAUCCGGAGACCCAGAAUGGACUCAUAUUCGACGCCCAACACGCCUCAAGUUGGUGUGGGAAGCCAGGAUACUGCCGCCGCUGGGUACGGGAGGUUUGGAGGGCUUUUGCGACGUGCAACGUUGGGAGGCGUAGACGACCAUGGCGUUGUAUCCGAGGGUGAAGGUCGUGACCGCCUGACUAAUGCACGGGCCCCCAGAAGAGUUACGCCAUGGUCUUCAAGAGGUGGUCAUGAUGACGGGGAAGAAGCCGAAAGCCCAGGAGGUUCGAGGGUUGGCCAUCAUUUCAGAAGAUUUUCGGCCCUCGGCGGUGGCGGUGGUGGCGUCAGUGAUGGGGAUGCCAUCAGCCCCAGAAGGCCCUUUUUCGGAACCGAACGAGCCAGUACGUUCAGUGCACAAAAAUGGAAACAAGUUAAAGGUGCCUUGAAGCUGCUGCGCAAAAAGCCAGACGAGCAGUUUGACUUUGCCAAAUCAGCAGAGCUCAUGGCCGAACUACGGGCGGUUACCCCCGCUGUCUUGAUGCUGGCAAGCAUGAUACAGCGGGACGAGCAUGGUAACAAGAGGAUCCCCGUGCUGCUCGAGCAGUUGAGGCUUAAAGUCAAGAGUAGUACGCCAAGCCAAGAGAAGGACAGUGAGAGACAUUGGCUCUUUGAAAUCGAGCUCGAGUACGGCAGUGGUCCAAGUCAGAUGAAGUGGACCAUCCACCGCACCAUCAAGGACAUUCUCAACCUUCAUUGGAAGUAUAAGUUGACGCUAGGGAACGAGAAGUUGCCUUCCAUUCAUCAAGGGGCGAGACCAAAACAGCCCAGCUUUCCUUUGUCUGCCUUUCCCUACCUUCGUGGAGUGAGAGGCUUGGAUGAGUCUGACGAGGAGGAUGCUCCGAACAGCCAGCUUACGCCCAACCCGCUUGUUAAUAACAACGAUAGGGCUGAAGAGACGGCCGGGGAGCUAACAGCAGGCGAAGCUACUAUUCAGGAAGGGACUGAUAUCGACGCCCCGAUUCGGAAAAAGCGCUCACGCAUGUCGUACCUGGGUGCUCGACGAAAGACCUCAGCGCUCGGAUCCAUGGCCGAUCUUGGUGCCAGUGCUUUGGACCCCAGUGUGGCCAAGAGACGCUACGUUGAGCGGCAACAGAGGACGCUGGAAAAGUAUCUUCAAGACAUGAUUCGCUGGCUCAUGUUCCGCGCGGAUAGCAACCGUCUCUGCCGCUUCCUCGAACUCUCUGCCCUUGGUGUGCGCCUUGCUGCAGAAGGCAGCUAUCACGGGAAAGAAUGCUACCUGCACAUUCAGUCCUCCAAGGGACUCGACUUUCGACGGGUUUUGACGCCAGGAAAGGUGAUUGCUAGACACAGUCGGAAAUGGUUCCUUGUGCGUCAAAGUUAUAUCGUCUGCGUUGAGUCCCCGGAGAAUAUGAAUAUCUACGACGUCUACCUCGUUGAUCCCAAGUUCAAGCUCAUAUCGAAGAACACCAAGGGCAAGGAGCUUACCGGCAAGGACAAGGAUAGAGAGGAUGAUGUUGAAAAUCUCGACUUGACGGCUCCCCGCCCUGUGGCCAAGCACCAUACUCUCAAGAUCCUUACCUCGGAGCGAAAGGUCAAGUUGUUCUCCCCGAAUCAGCACCUCAUUCAGCAAUUUGAGGAGUCCAUCGUGGAGAUGCUGAAGAACACGCCAUGGCACCUGCACAAUCGGUUUGGCAGCUUUGCCCCUGUUCGCACUGGGGCCUAUGCCCAGUGGCUUGUGGACGGCCGAGACUACAUGUGGAACGUCUCGCGUGCCAUCAGCAUGGCAAAGGAUGUCAUCUACAUUCACGACUGGUGGCUGAGUCCCGAGUUGUACAUGAGACGUCCCGCUUGUAUCAGCCAAAAGUGGCGACUUGAUCGUCUGCUGCAGCGAAAGGCUGCCGAAGGUGUCAAGGUCUUUGUGAUUGUCUACCGCAAUGUGGAAGCCGCUAUCCCUAUUGAUUCCGAGUAUACCAAAUUUUCCUUGCUUAACUUGCACCCGAACAUUUUUGUCCAGCGCUCGCCACAUCAGUUUAAGAAGAACCAGUUCUUCUUUGCUCAUCACGAAAAGAUCGUUAUUGUCGAUCAUGAUAUCGCCUUUGUCGGUGGCAUCGAUCUCUGCUUUGGUCGUUGGGAUUGCCCGCAACAUCCUGUGGUGGACGACAAACCUACUGGUUUCGAGCCUCAAGAGGGACAGCCCAGGGAUGCCGAGCACGUUCAACUCUUCCCCGGAAAGGACUAUUCUAACCCCCGUGUUCGCGACUUCUUCCGCCUCAACGAGCCUUACGAGGAGAUGUAUGAUCGCUCCAGAAUCCCACGCAUGCCAUGGCAUGAUAUUGCCAUGCAGGUAGUAGGCCAGCCAGCUCGCGAUCUCACUCGACACUUUGUUCAGAGGUGGAACUACGUCCGUCGCGGACGCAAGCCCACCAGACCUACGCCGUUCCUGCUGCCUCCGCCGGAUUGCAACCCAGAGGAGCUUGAGGCAGUUGGCUUGAAUGGCACUUGUGAGGUGCAAAUCCUUCGCUCGGCAUCCACUUGGUCUCUAGGCAUUGAAGACACGGAACAAAGCAUCCACUUGGCUUAUAUCAAGAUGAUCGAAGACUCGGACCAUUUCGUGUAUAUGGAGAAUCAGUUCUUCAUCACCAGCACCGAGACCCUCAAUAGCAAGAUGGUCAACGGUAUCGGCGAUGCCCUGGUUCGCCGCAUCAUUCGUGCUCACGAAAACGACGAGGACUGGCGAGCGGUUAUCCUGAUUCCCCUGAUGCCUGGCUUCCAGAAUGAGGUGAACGAACAAGAUGGCACCAGCGUUCGUCUCAUUCUGCAGUGCCAAUACCGCAGUAUCUGUCGUGGAGAGCACUCGAUCUUUGGGCGCCUCAAGGCUGCCGGCAUUGACCCUGAGGAUUACAUUCAGUUCUUUUGUCUCCGGCAGUGGGGCAAGAUGUCCAACGGCAUGCUCACAACCGAGAUGUUGUAUAUCCAUGCCAAGUGCAUCAUCGUUGACGACCGGGUGGCUUUGAUCGGAUCGGCCAACAUCAAUGAGCGCUCCAUGUUGGGCAACCGCGAUUCCGAGGCUGCCGCCAUCGUCCGCGAUACCGACAUGAUUUGGUCCACGAUGGCCGGACGCCCUUAUCAGGUCGGGAGAUUCGCCCACACGCUGCGUCUUCGGUUGAUGAGAGAGCAUUUGGGCUUGGAUGUUGACGAGAUUUUGGAGGAGGAGAGACAGGCCGAUCUCGACCAAGCAGAGGCUUUCGAGGCCGAGAUGGACCGCAUCUACAGCGACGAGUCCGAUGGACUGUCUCCUGUGGCCGAGAGCUCAAGACGCCGUAGUUCGGCUCGCCCAGAGCCGCUCAAUAUCCCAUCUCGGAAGAACGCCAGUGAUCACCAGGAUACAGAUCCGGAGAAGCCGGUGGGCAGAGGCCGGUCUUCCUCCAGGGUCUCCAAGGGUAAGGGCUCUGCCGACGGUCUACGAAUUGACAUUCCACAGGCUGGCAAGCACAAGGUGGAAGUGGAAGGUCUCGGUGCUGAUCAUUGGAAGGCCGCUCAGGAGGAAGGUCUUCGUCAGGGGCGUGAUUCUGUUAUUGUCAAUGAUAGAGAAGUGUUGGUUCAUGAUGUUUUGUCUGGCGGAAGGGGAACGAUUGACAGUCCCAAGCAAGCUCAUCAGCUCCGGCGCCCCUCGGCCGUCACCUCUCGUGACGAAGGAGGGAUUGACAACGACGGUAUUCCUCCCAUGCCACCAUUUGACAGGCGGACCACGGAGCAACUUGGACUGCCACGGGCAAACCAGUUGCCAACACUGCCCAUGGUGGACGAUACCGACAUUGGCGGCCCGCCCGUUCACACUGACGCUGGCGGAAGGUUGAGCUUCGGGCCCGCCCACACCCUUCCUAUUGAUAUCAAGCUGGUCGAUGUCCACAAGGAUUGUAUGCGCGAUCCUCUCAACACAGCCUUCUACGAUGAAGUCUGGUCGAGAGUGGCUGAGAACAACACCAGGAUUUACCGACGCGUGUUCCGCUGCAUGCCAGACUCGGAAGCAACCAACUGGGCUGAGUACAAGGAGUUCGACGCUUACAACCAACGCUUCAAGGAGAGCAUGGACUUUCACCGCUCCGACGAAGAGAGCGAGAAGCCUCCUAUGAGCCACGCGGCAGCCCAGGCUGGAGGCGGUGGAGCUGGUAUCGGCGCGCCCGGUCCUGCUACUGCCAGUCACGCGGCGGCUGAGAAACUGGCAAGUCCCUUGGGCAAUGCUGUCAGGGACGCUCUCAGUCACAACGAGCCAAACAAGGAUACCGUUCUUGAUGAAAAGCGCGGCAUGCAAGAAAAUGACUAUGGGCAAGACAACUCGUGGGGUGAUAUGAACCCCGACCCAGAGAAGUCUGUCGACCCCUUGGACACAGGUAAUCAUCCGACCAAUUCAAGUCACGAUCACUUGCCCCAGACGGAGAAGCUUGAUGUUGUCAAAUCAAGGGAGCGGAGGGCUACCUUUUCCAACCAGGAGAAGCCCCCCAAGACGGGCGACAGCACUGCGUCAGCUGCCAAUACUGAUGCCAACGGCAAUAGUGUGAAGCCAGUUGGGUCUCAACGACGCCCCAGGCGGCGGACUACCACCAGGGGUAGCCGGAAGGGCUUCAGUCCGACUGAUGAUAUGCUCAACCGCGUCGAUGCUGAGGAGCUGCUUACCAUGACGCAAGGUGCUUUGGUGCAGUUCCCGUAUGAUUGGCUUGUGGUGGAGGAGACGAAUGGCAACUGGCUGUUUCAGGUGGACCAGGUGGCUCCGUUGGCUAUCUAUAACUGA